AUGGCUGACUUCGGAAUGGCGAUACUGACACAGCAACUUAUCGAACAAAACUUUGAGAAACAGCGACAAAUUGAUAGUGUAAUUCAACAAGAAUGUUUAGCUGCUAUAAAUAUAGUAGAAAAUGGGAUUGUCCAAGAAAAUAUUGAUAUUUCUCAUGGCCUCGAAUCUUUUCCUGGUCUCGAGAAUGAUGCACAAACAAGACGUUUUUUUCAGUUUGUAUCAGCUGCUACAAAUUUUGCCAAAAUGAACUUUGCGAAACGUUUACGGCAUUUACCUGAACUAAUUAAUUCGAUUAAACAAUUACUUAUUGAAAUGAUAAAGGAGAUAAAUGAUUUUGCUGAUACAGCUCGUGAACUACAAGAUCUAAUACAUUCUUUUAUUCAACUAGUUGCGAAUACCCAACGAAAUAUGGCGUUGGUAAUCCCACAUUUGCAAGAAUCGAUCAAUCAUAUAGAAGUUAUCGCUGAUGCUUUGAAGCCUAGUUCAACCGAACCAUUAGAAAACCGGGAUAAAGAAGAUAUUAAAAUUGCUUUAGAAGGUAUGUCAACUGGCAUCGAAAAAUUACUUGAAUUGGCACGAACAUCAAAAAAAGAAAGUAAUAAUCUUGAUGAAAAAAUUGCUAUCAUGAAAGGCAAUAUCCAACAAAAACAGAUUGUAAUAAAAGGGCGGCUAGAAGUGGCCCAAUUGGCUCCUUGGCUAGGACUGACAGUUGGCGGUUUUGGAGGCUUUGCAGCUGCUGGAGCAGCAAUUAGUGUGGAAGCAUUAGGUGGUGCUGGUGUAAUCAUAGUUGGUGGUAUGGCCUUUCCUCCUGUAUUUGCUCUACUUGUCGCAGCUUUGUUAGGUGGAAGUAUUAUUGGAAGUGUCGUUUUACUCGUAAACAAGCUUUGGGCCAAACAUAAUACAACAGCACUUGAUUAUUUAAACAAAAUACUUGAUCUCUUAGCUAAGUUAAGCAAUGCUAAUCUUGAUUUUUCUAGGUACAUGAACAAAGCAGAACUUGGUGCAUACAAAAUUCUAAAUGAAACAGAUCAAAUUCAGCGAACAAUAACAAGUGGUAGUGAACGUUAUCGAAAACUUAAUAUACAAAUAUGUACCCAAGCAAUUGAAUCGACAAAAGCUAUGAUUACGUGUAUUGACGAGAUUGGAAACGUCGAUAUGUCAGAAUGGACAAAUAGUUCAACCGUCUUAAAUCAUGUAUCGUCGAUGAAUACGGCAUCUCCAACCAAAGCUAUUAAGAACUGA